AUAAUUUAUAAGAUUUACAGUCCGUGGACGAUCACCAGACUCCCUUUGAAAACAAAGAGAGGAGUAAUCGUCACCUGCAGACAUCUUUAUUAAUGAUUAGAUUGUAGCGCACCAGGACUGCAGCAGCAGCAGCAGAGAUGAGGAUCCGGCUGCAGGGUCCCAGCCAUGCUGCCAGCCUUCUCGCUGAACUCAACAGCUGCCGCCAGUCACGUCGAUACUGCGAUGUGUUCCUGCAGGUUGGUAACCGCACAUUCGCAGCACACCGUGCGGUGCUGGCCUGUGCUGGGUCGUACUUCCGCAACCUGUUUGCCCGGGCUCCAUCCUCGUCCAGCGCUGCCUUCUCUCUGGAGUUCAUCUCCCCAGCCAACUUUGAGAAGGUGCUGACAUUUGUGUACACGGGGGAGAUCUUGACUGACCUCAUAGAUGUCGGGGUGCUGUAUGAGCUGGCAGAGAGGCUGGGCGUUAGUGAACUGGUGAGGGCCUGUCACGCCACCUUCCCAGACCUGCAGACUUCAGUGUCUGCAAACUGUAAAGCAGGCAGUCCUGGAGACCUCGCCCUGGACUCUAGCAUGGUUGCUGCUGCUGCUGUGUCCACAGUGGCUGCUGUUAGUGCAGCUUCUGUAUCUGCAUCAUCUGUGUGUUCCUCUGCCGCCUCCUGCUCCUCUCUGUCUUCACCAGCUGGUCCGUCUGCUGCCCCGACCCCUGCUGCCGCUCCCUCACCUCUCUUCCAAGCCAGGGCAGCCAGGAUCAGCCGGGACACUCACAGUGUGGCUCUGUCUCUGGACCUGAAGGCAGAGGACAUGCAGUCUCAUAUCGGCUACGGGCAGAUGGCAGCAGAUCAUCAACUACAAGGAGGACACAGUCUUCUAGCCAACAGUCAUUCCAGUCAGAGUGAUGGCGUGCUGCCUCCGGGGCCUGUGCUGCAGCUGAAGACAGAGCAGGGGCUGGAAGAUGAGGCCGAAGGCAGGUGUGAGGACAGAGACACAGAUGGACAAAUGGUUUCUGAGAGCGCAGGAAGCUCUCUGCCGCAGAGCAGCAAUGCUGCACAGUCUGUCUCCUGCUCCUUCCCUGACUCCUCGGCUCAACUCGGAGCUGAGGCGUGUGACCCGACGUCAUCCUCAGGAGAGCCUCUGGCCAGCCUGCAGGUGGGAUCAGUGGAGGGCAGCGUGGUGGACGUCCAGAGGGACGGCAGGCUGAUGUUUGCAGAGGUGGAAGCGGGAGUGAGUGAGGAGGAGAGGGAGGCUCUGAAAGGGAAUGGAGCAAUAGAGGGUACAGAGGAGGAGCAGUGGAGACAGCUGGCAGGUGAGAUCAUCGAGCUGAGCGACGAUGAGAACUUUAUGGAGGAAGGAGAUGAGGAGGAAGAUGAAGAUGACCUUGUGUACGUGGAGAAUGGAGAGGGAGGGAACUCAAGCAGCCAGGUGACGGGGAACACACUGUCAUGUAAAGCCUGCGCGGUGCCUCUGCCAGCAGACCCUGCCGCCAUCAGAAGACACGCCGAGACUCACCUGACGGAGCUGGGGCUCUGCAGACUGUGUGGAGCCUCGUUCCCAGACCGCACCGACGGUGUCACACACUCCCUCUCCCACGUUGGGCUGCAGCUCUUCACCUGCGACAUGUGUCAGUUGCAGUUUUGCAGCCAAAACAAACUGCUGCGUCACCACCACCAGACAGCCUCCAGUUACACGAUACCACAGGGGGCGCUGACCAGCAGCAGCCAGGGGCCGAGCUCCGAGCUGCAGUGUGCAGUGUGCAACAAAACUCUCAGCAAGGACUUCCAGACGGUCAAAGACCACCUGCUGGGCCACGUGUGUCCCCAGAGCCUGAGCUGUGGUGUGUGUCACCUCCCCCAGCUGUCCCUGUGCUCCCUGUUGUGGCACGCCCUCGCCCACCUCUCUCUGCCCGUCUUCACCUGUCCGCACUGCGCCCGCUGCUUCGUAGAGCGCUCCCUGCUGGAUAGACAUAUGACUGUACACGCCGAGGAGGCGGCGGCUAAGGAGCGGGAGCGGUCGGCGCUGAGGGCCUACAGAGUCGGGGCGGAUGGAGUCGGGGGAGGUGGUAUGGCGGGAGUGGAGGAGUUGCAUUGCUUCCUGUGCCCGCAGACUUUCCGCUCCUCCUCUGCCUUUCAGUACCACCUCAGCCUGCACACCAACGAGUCCCUGGGGGCCGGGGGAGGUGUCGGGAGUCCGAGCUGGUUGGGCAAACGUAAAGCUGACCAGUCUCUGGAGUGCCCACCGUCUUCCUCCUCUCCACGGGAAGUUGGUGGCCUUGUCAAAAUGAGCAGCCUAGGUUUGGGGCUGGGAAUGAGCUUCAGCAUACCAGAUAAGUUUUUCCAAGGGUCAAUGCACAACCUGCCCUCUGGGAUGUUGACCAAUGGGAGUUCAGUUCAGGACGGAGGAGUCGGGGCAGCAGGCGUCCGUGGGAAAUGGUACCGGUGUCGCUACUGCGGCAAACGCUUCGCACACUCAGGUGAGUUCACCUACCACCUGCGCAUCCACACCGGGGAGAAACCCUACCAGUGCAAAGUCUGCCUGCGCUUCUUCAGAGGCCGCUCCACCAUGAUCUGCCACCUGAAGACGCACGCCGGUGCCCUCAUGUACCGCUGCACCGUCUGCGGCCUUUACUUCUCCACGCUGAAGCUGGUGUCAUCGCACAUGGAGCUCCACAAGGACCACCUGCCCCCGGACUUCAACAUCGAGCAGACCUUCAUGUACAAUGAUCACUCUAAAGAACCGCUGCCCACUGUGGACGCCUGAUGUGUCGGCGUGGUGUUCCUCUCCUCGUCCCUUUUCCCUCUCUCUGACACUUCCUGUGUCUGGUUGUCGUGGACCACAAACUGUAUACAAUAGACUAGUAGGGCUGAAAAUAAUGAUUAUUUUUAUUAUUGAUUUUUUUAAUGAAUUGAUUAAUCGUUUAGUCUGUAAAAUGCCUGAAAAAAAUUUAAAUGGUUGUCACUUUUGCUCUAAAUGUCAGGUGACAGCUUCAGAUUGUUUGUUUUAUUCCACGAACAGUCCAAAACCCAAAGAUAUUCACUUUAUGAUGAUAGAAAAAAAUGCAGCAAAUCAUCAUCUUUUCUUAAUAAAUGUCUUAAAUGAAUACUUCAGCUGCAAAAUGACAGUAUAUCAGUUACUUACCACGUUUCCUUGAAUUCAUGAAGAAAUCUUUUGUUUCCUCACAUGCCUCCUCAGUAAACGGAGAAUCCAAAAAAAGUGAACAUUCUUCAUGAAUUGACGUAAACAGAGACUGCAUUUAACAACAAAAAAACAUCAAAACAUCCAUUUACGAACUCCCACACAAUUUGUGUUGUAUAUCCCAAGUCUCAUAUAUCCAGUCUUAUGCUCAGCACUUCCCAAACAGAUGUAUUUCUGCUAAAACGUAAGAAUAUAAAUCACUUCUACCUACCAGUAGCCCAACCUGAGCUUACCUGGUCGUAUGUACAUGUCUUAAAUCGUAAUGUUUUGGAGAACUGAGCGUGCAACUGGAUAAAUGAGACUUGGAUCAUACUGCACGAGUUGUGUGAGAGUUUAUAAAUGAUGUUUUUAAAUGUGGACCAUUUACUUCAAUUCAUGAAGAACGUUUUUUAGAUUCUCCGUUCACCGUGGAGGCCUGAAGAAGAACUGUUUUCUUUCAGGUAUUCAAGGUAACAGCUGAAAUUCAUGGGACACAGAUAUGAUGUGUCAGGUAGGCGGGGCGGAGCAGGGUUUUUUACCUGCUACACAGACUCGUCUCAGUAGCAUGUGGCUGCUGCCAGCUUUAUUGUGUGUGCAGUGAGUUUUCCAGGUGAUGAUGCAGUUGGGUCUGCCGGGAUUGGAAACAUAUAGGCCAGUGGUUCCAAACUGGUGGGUCAUGGGUCCUUUCUGAAUAGACCGUAAGUGACUCGCAAAUGUGUCAAAUUUGUAAAAUACAGUUUAUUUUGAAGUGCAGUGAAUUUUUGGCACAGAGCUUUUAUUUUGA